AUGGAUAUCAUAUCAUUCUUCCCUUCAUGGAUUCUUCCAACAACAUUACUUCUCUUCUUUACUUCCAUCUUCAUGUAUGCUCUUCGUAGGAGGAGCUCAUCCAACAAGCUUCCCCCAGGCCCUAAGAGGCUUCCAAUAAUAGGGAACCUUCACCAAGUGUUGGGUAAAGAGGGUGUCCAUCAAACCCUAUGGAACCUCUCCCAGACAUACGGCCCAGCUAUGCUUCUUCAUUUUGGAGCCCAACCAUUCCUCGUCAUUUCCUCUAGUGAAAUGGCUACUGAAGUCUUAAAAACUCAUGAUGAGAAGCUGUGUACGCGUCCGUACUCUAAGGCUACCAAGCUACUGUCAUUUAACUACAUGGACGUUGCCUUCGCACCACACAAUGAUCAUUGGAGAGACAUGCGCAAGGUUUUGGUAUCUGAGUUCUUGGGUGCCAAAAGGAUUAGAUUAUAUAAAAACGUGAUGGAGAUUAAGAUGGAGGCUCUCAUUCGUUCUAUCUCAUCACAUUCCUUAAACACUACAGUAAACCUAGAAGAUAUCCUCUUAUCUCUAGUAUAUGAUGUCGUGGGUAAGGUUGCAUUCGGUAACAGCUAUAGGGGAAAGACUUUUAAUGGUAGAACAUUGAAAGAUAUAGUCGAGGAGGUACAAGUCAUGGGUGGUGCUUCAUUUUCGUUUAUUUUUCCAACAUUUGGUUGGAUUUUAGACGAAUUAACAGGGUGGAAUCGCAGGCUAGAGAAAUGUUAUAGUGAUUUUGAUGGCUUUCUCCAGAUGGUUCUUGAUGAUCAUCAUGACACAAAAACAAGUGGUCAUGUAAAUGAUUUUGUUGAUGACUGUAUGUCUCGGUUGACUACCGAGGAGAUGAAAGCACUUGUGAUGAAUGUGCUUGAGGGGGCAGUUGACACAUCUACUAUAACAAUGGUGUGGGCUAUGUCCGAGCUCGUUAAAAAUCCUAGAGUUAUGCAAAAGUUGCAAAACGAAAUUCGAAGAUGUGUUGGAAGAAAAUCGAAAGUAGAUGAAUCAGAUAUUACGAAGAUGACAUACUUGAAAAUGGUGGUGAAGGAGACGCUAAGAUUGCACCCACCUGCUGCUUUUCUGAUGGGAAGGGAAUGUGUAAGUCAAUGUCAGAUUGGUGGAUAUGACGUGUUACCUGGUAUGAAAGUGAUGGUGACUGCGUGGGGAUUAGGAAGGGAUCCAAGAAUCUGGAAAGAGAAUGCAGAGGAGUUUUAUCCAGAGCGAUUUGAAAACAUUAAGGCUGAUAUCGGAGGGAAAUAUUUUGAGAUGAUCCCGUUUGGAGGGGGGAGAAGAGCAUGCCCUGGGAAUAACAUGGCUACUUCAACUGUAGAAUUUACAAUUUCAAACUUACUUUACUUCUUCAACUGGGAAACACCGGCCGGAUUGAAGAAGGAAGAUCUGGAUAUGAAAGAGAAUGGCUUCCCGUUUCUUCGUAGGACGACACCUCUUUGCCUUGUCCCCACAAAGCACAACUGGAAAGACUAG